CUGAAAGCGUUGUAUUCCUUCCUUCUCAUAUAGGAAAAUAUUUCAUCUCCUCCAUUUCUUGAGAUUUCAAGGAACAACAAGGGAGCAGAUGGAUGAAGGGUACUUGAAAUCUUUUCUUGAAUCUCCUCUGAUUCCAAAGGAUGAGAAGGGUCUUGAAUUUGGUGGAGAAUCACCCAAGAGAUGCAUUGAAACAUCUGAGGCUAUAGGAGAGCUGAAGAAGCAAAUGAAGCUAGCAGGACCUCUGGUUGUGGUCAAUUUCUUACAGUACAGUUUACAAAUGAUAUCAAUCAUGUUUGUUGGCCACCUUGGAGAGCUUUCUCUAUCAAGUGCUUCCAUGGCCACUUCAUUUGCAGGAGUUACUGGUUUCAGCAUCAUGCUGGGAAUGGGAAGUGCACUGGAUACAUUCUGUGGACAAGCCUAUGGAGCAGAGCAGUACCAUAUGCUUGGUGUACAUAUGCAGAGAGCUCUGCUUGUUCUUAUGCCAACCUGCAUUCCAAUUGCAUUCGUAUGGGCCUACACAGGGAAAAUCUUCACAAUAAUUGGACAAGACCCUGAAAUUUCAAUGCAGGCUGGAAUAUAUGCUCAUUGGCUGAUCCCUAGUAUUUUCCCUUAUGGCAUCCUUCAAUGCCAAAUCAGAUUUCUACAGACUCAAAAUAAUGUGUGGCCAUCAACAAUCAGUACUGGAUUUACAAGUUUAGUUCAUAUCCUCAUGUGUUGGACAUUGGUUUUCAAGUUUAGCUUUGGUAUCAAAGGUGCUGCCCUGUCCAUUGCCAUCUCUUAUUGGACCAACGUGCUGAUUUUGGCCAUUUAUAUCAAGUUCUCGCCUGCAUGUCAAAAAACUUGGACAGGAUUCUCUAAGGAGGGCAUGAAAAAUCUUCUUAGCUUUACUAGUUUAGCUAUUCCUUCAUGUCUUAUGGUCUGCUUGGAGUUCUGGUCAUACGAGUUUUUGGCUCUCAUGUCUGGAUUUCUUCCCAAUCCUAAGCUAGAAGCAUCAAUGAUGUCAAUCAGCCUAGACACAAGUGCAGUGGUAUACAGAAUUCCCUAUGGUUUUGGCAGUGCAGUAAGCACAAGAGUUUCGAAUGAAUUAGGUGCAGGGAGACCACAUGCUGCUCGACUUGCUGUACAGGUUGUGCUAUUCCUGGCCAUCACAGAAGGCCUAUCAGUAAGCUUACUUGCAGUUGCAGUGAGAGGGGUAUGGGGUUACAUGUACACCAAUGAGGAGGAACUCAUUAGAUAUUUGGCAGCCAUAAUGCCAGUGCUUGCUGUAUCCAACUUCAUUGCUGGAAUCCAGGGUGCACUCUCAGGUACUGCUAGAGGAUGUGGUUGGCAGAAGAUUUGUGCUUAUGUGAGUCUAGGAGCUUACUACCUUGUGGGCCUUCCUGCUGCAAUCAUCCUCACUUUUGUCUUCCAGUUUGGAGGAAAGGGGCUUUGGAUGGGAAUCCUUUGUGGGAGUACUCUGCAAACAUUUUUGCUUUUAGCCAUUACCAUGAGCACCAAUUGGGAGCAAGAAGCAAGGAAGGCCAAGGGCAGAUUGUGUGCUUCCGGCAUCCAAACAGAUAUGGCAUCAUGAAGCUGUUCAAAUCAACUCCCAGAAGAAGCCCCCUCUCAUCUUUAGCCAAUAAUUGUGUCAUGUUUUCCCCAAAACUCCCAACUCAUCAGAAACAGUUAUCAAAGGCUGUAUUUUGAAUUCUGAAAUCUUUGAUUCAAUUCUGGUAAUAAUGACUCAAGGAAGUAAUCCUUUUCUGGUAUUUAA